UUUGAACCAUUUAUUUUUAAGUGAAACAAUCUAAUUUAAUUUAUGGAAUUAUUUUCGAUGUAAAAACAGAAUUGGCUCCAUUCCAACAGAAUGGGUAAAUAUUAUGUUCCUUUCCAAGUCAUUUGCGCUUGGACAAAAUCACCUGAUAAACAUGGUAAUCACCUAAUUUAAUUUCAAGACUUGUAAAUUGCUAUCCAGUUAAUUUGCUGAAUGAUUAUCAAAAAGCGAAGAUGUUACUGUUUAAAUAACAUGAGACAAUAAAGAUAAAAUCCUCAACAUAUGAUAAAAUCGAGACCGUAUCCAAGCAACAGUUUUAGCUUUUAACGAGAUUCUUCUGCUGAACCUUACCGAUUUGUACAGACUUUUUAUAUGAAUUUUUGUGAAUAAGAAUUUUAAUAAGAAUUGCUCGUGGAUAAUAGAGUGAUUACUAUUACGGUCUGUGAUUAGAUUUCAAGUUGAUAGCUAUCAGUUUGUGGUGAUUUUCAUCUUUUAGUAUAUUUUUUAUCUUACCAAGGAAAUCAAGGAUCAUAGCCCUUGGUUUUGGCUAGUGUUGAUUGUUAUGGGAUUACCUUUAUCAUCAUCUUGAUUUCUGAUUAAUAAUCUUCCAAUACUAAUUGAAAACCUGCCAUCUUUGCCCUUAUUCAUCUUAUGGUUAUCUUUUAACUGAUUUGUAUCAACUUGACUAUUGAUUUUAGUAUCAAUUAUUAACCUGCCUUUCGGUAUCGUUUUAUUGACCAUUGACGCUUUUGGUCUGGAUUCUAUACAAAUUAUAAGCACAAGAAGUCUACAAGUAUCUCAAACUCUAAAAUGGCCACAGAUGAUCUGAGUGAAGACCAAAAGAGCGAACUUUUCAAAUUGGCCAAAGAUGCGUCAAAAUUAUCGUACUCACCUUACAGUCGAUUCCCAGUUGGGUGUGCAAUUUUAACCGCAGAGGGUCAAAUAAUCACCGGUUGUAAUGUUGAGAAUAGUUCAUUUGGUUUAACAAUUUGCGCUGAACGAACGACAAUUUGUAAAGCAAUUUCAGAAGGUAAAAAACAGUUUAAAGCGAUUGCCGUUCAUGCUCCUGCUGGUGGCCUCACAUAUCCUUGUGGCGCUUGUCGUCAAUUUAUUUAUGAGUUUGGACCUACAAUUUGGAUUUAUGUUGUCGAUCAAGAAGAUAAAUAUACAAAAUCAAUGAUCAAGGAGCUUUUACCAAACGGGUUUAUGUUGUCUGAUCAUAUCAAAUAAUUGUUCAGACAAUCAUUCAUUUUUCAAGAACCAUGCAGCUGUUCGAAUUCGAGCUUUUCUGGAUAAAUUAUGAAAAUGCAGUAACGAGUAGUUGACUUUUGCCAAAAGUAGAUUAGUAUUACUUGUCUCAAAUUGUAUUAAUUUAUAUAAAAUAAUAAACACUUGUAUUUAUAUAUUGCUA